GAGUGAAACAGAAAACAUCAACGAUGUAAGUGAAAACCCUAGAAUUAGAAUACACACUACUGGUAUAACCACAUAUUUUAUAAGCAAUGAUUGAUCAACAUGGACCUAUGACACCAUGACCAGCAGAUUUUGGGAAUGAACGUUGUGAAGUGUACCUGUACAAACAUGUGAAAAAAUUUCUUAACAGCUGCUUCUCUUCUGACAGGCCGUGCAUUAUACAUUCGGAUACAACUGGUUUUAUGGAAUAACAGCUAUUACCACUCAGGAGAAAUAGACAAACACAAGGACACUAGUCACAUACCUUGGCAGGGUAUUGAGUAAUAAGCCUAUGGAAUUAUCAGUAUUGCUAAUCUAGAAGACACAAUGAAAGAACUACAGCAGAUUCAACGAGAGGCCCCGUCCAGGAUGAUUUCAUAUUUAUUCCAGUCAGUUCGAAAUGAGAAAAAUGUUAUGAUGAUGGUUAGUGUAUUGUUAUUAAUGUAUUUUUUUUUCAUGGACAUCAUACUUUAUGCUUCAUUACAAAAUACUAACUUACUAGACCAGAAACGAGAUGGGCCGUAUUCACCAUUUCACCCUCUAUCUAUCAAACUCAUCAUGACAGAUCCUGCUAGUCACUAUAUCAUUAACCCAACCACAGAAUAUUUUGAUCAAAUAACGCAAUUUAGUAAAAUUUUCUAUUUCAUCACUCCAAAUGUGAUAAGUACAUUUCAUCUUGUCCUGGGACUAUUGGCAGCAAAGUUUGUUUCGUCAGAUUCAUUGAGGAAUCGCAGACUUGGUGUUGUGUUGUAUGAAAUUCGCAGUUGGUUGGAUGGUUAUGAUGGAGUAGUGUACCGCAGUCAGUCUGGUAAAAGUCUGUACAAGUCUAACAGGCACACAUUUGGAUAUUUAGUGGACUCUGUAUGUGAUACAACAGCAGGUAUAGCUUUGUGCUUUGGUUGUUUGUUUUAUUUGUGGAAAUGUCCACCGGCUUCCAAAGCAACUACUAUUCCAGAGGUUCUGCCUUGGACAAAACCUACAGAAAGUAAUACACAGCUGACUGCUGGUGAGAAGUCCAGUGGGAAACCAAGUAAAAAUAUCAUGUUCUUUAAAGUGCUGUGUUUUGGAUUGAUGCUGGCACUGGCUUCUCUGACAUGGGAUCGAACAGUUGAAUCAUAUGCCAAUGUUCUACAGAAAAACCUGGAAACUACACAGCAAACGGAGCUACAGACAACAGUCUUACAUUCGACAGGCACAUGGGUAAUAGUAUGGAUGUGGAGAUUAUGUGAAGGACAAGCCAUGUUGCAGAUGAUUCUAAUUGCAAUCUUCAUUGAUAAAGUGUGGGAAUUUUUGAAUCUGAUUCAGUAUUCAGGAUUUAUUAUCCUUGGAGCUUUGAAUAUCUUUAGUGAGAUUCAUAUUCGCCAUGCAAAGUUAAUCAUUGGAUUGUAACAGAAGAAAAGAAUAACAGGAGCAGUUCUGUAUACAGUUCAAGGUUCCUAUCUGGGACAAAGUGUUAAAUUUGUAUUUUAAUCUAUCAUUUCCUUUUGAAUAAGGAAAUGCAUAGAAGAAAUUCAUCAAAGCUGAGAACAUUUCCAUCUAAAUGCAGCCCUUGUAUUAAACCUGCACCAACCAUGUGUGAGAAACUUGAAGCAAUACAUACAUGUUGUGUAUUUAUUAUUCAAGUGUCUGUUCGGUUUGUUAAAUGGAAACUUUUUGUAAGUAUUAGAUGAACCUAUGGAAUUAGAAGUCAAAGGGAAGUAACUCCAAAUUUUUUUUCGACGUUAAAACACAGUCUUGCAGAAUACAUUCCGUUAUUUCUAAGUAAGUCAUAAUAUAUCAACAGAAUAUGUGUGAAUUAUUUUGAGUUAUGAAACAAAGUUUUUGUUUUUUAAAGGGACACUUGUUAAUAAUUCUGAAUGAUAAUAUGACAAGAUAUUUCAUAUUAGUAUUAUGUACUGUUAUUAUAGAAAGUUCAUCUUCAAGAGAAUCUCCUAUGAACUGACAGCUAUAUACUUCUGUGAUGGUUGAGUUGUGAUUUUUGGUAUCAUAUGUAUAUAUGCUAUUAAACAUGAAGGAAAUUUUAAACCAGUUUCAGAAACGGGUGGCUAAAUCAUAAUUUAUAAGUUAUACCUAGAUUUAAACUGAUGGAGACUGAUAUUUGCUUUAUGAAUGAUUUUGUUUUUAAUUUUGUAUUCACCUAUAUAUGUAAAUUACAAUUUGUAUUUAUAACCAUAUUUAAAAUCAAAUGCUCGUUUUUACACACCCGGUUGACUUAGUGUAUAACUUGAUAAUGAUUGAAAUUCUGACGGAAAGGGAUAAUUUUUAUUUUUAUUUUGUAUGUAUGUAUUUGAUUUGUGUAUAAUACUUUUAAACAAUUCAUGUUGCCAUAGGAGUGAAGGUUUUACAUGUGUAAUCAAAUUGUUUGUAUUUAUUUGGAUGUACAGUAAUGUUUGUUGGCAAUGUGUUGAGAUUAUAGAGAAUGACCUGUUUACCAUCAGAGCCAGACCUUGGACUACCAUAUAGAUUAUAUAUCCUAUAUACUCAAAAGGAUUGAGGUAAAGUGUAAAACUGUCAAGCUGUGUUAUGAGAAACGGUUGUUCAGAAAAAACACUAUACUAUAGUUUGAUACAAUCAUGUCAAAUCGACUGCUGUUGAAUGUGUGAACUCCUCAAAAGAAAUUGUAGGUAUGUUUUUAUGUAGAAUAUCUAGAUUAUAGUUUAAAAUGUAAUUGAGGUAAUAAUUUAUUUAAAUGCCUCUGUGAGGAAUCAAACCCUUAACUUCUGGCAUACUAGCAAAAGGUUUAAAGUUUUCUCUUGUUGAGUGGUAUAUUGUGGCUACUCUGCUUGUUCUACACGUGUAAUAAUAAUAAGUCAACAUGUUUCAUAAUGUGAAUCUCAGAGGCUUUAUUUGCCUAAUUUUUUUUCUAAAUAAACAAAUAAUUCAUUUUCUAUUCAAAAGUACAAAAUUUUAUCAGUUUGUUCCAAUAUAAUCAAAAUCCAAAAUAUCAUAGGAAUAUAAAGAAUUAUCAAAAAAGAAAAAGAAAAUAAAAAAUUGACUGCCAUUGUUUUCAUGAAAAUAUAAUGGAUUAAAUUCAUGGCCCCUUGGAAUAUAAGUUUUUACAUGGUGAACUAGCAUUUUUGUUUGAGAGUUAAUUCCUGUCCUCGUUCAAACACUUGAUAUUUUCAACAAAAAAUCCCCAAUAAUUUCUAACGAUUGAUAGUUCAUACCCUUUCUUUUCUUGUCUUGGAAUGACUUUACUUUAGGCAAUAGUGACACAGAUUUCCAACCAAAGGGGAAUAACUCUGUCAAAUUUAUUACUUGUAUAUGAUAUACCGGUAUAAGUCUUGAAAUGUAUCUGUGAUGUUUAGUUAGUCAUUUUAUCCCUCCGUCAGGUUGAUCAAUUGUAUGUAACAUUUGUUUUACAUUUAGUAUUUAAAUAUUUAUGUUUUGGUAACUGUAAUGUUUAAAUUCUUCCUCGUCAACAGACACAGCAGUUUUUAACUUUGUUUUCAUCACCACUAAUGAUACUUGUUUUAAAUUUGUGAAAUUUACAGAAAGACAAUACCUCUCUUUCUAUGUGGUCAAUACAGUAUUGUUAAGGAGAAAUCUUUUCCUCAUUUUGAUAUAUGUCAUAGAGCAACUUUUACUUUCUAAAUGUUUUGAGAAUCUCAAUAAGUACUCAUUUUCCCUUUAUCUUUAUAUAAAAUUGCUCUCUGUCGAAAUUAUAUUAUUCUGGGGUAUUGGUUGAACCAUUUACAACCAGUAUUUUGUUACCUCUGUUAUCAUGCCAAGCGAUACCAUAGUGUAUGUUUUCAGGUUAUUAUUUUGUCUUGUUUUAGGCCACAAUAUCAAAGCAGUGAGCUUAUAUAUUAUCUUUCUAAAAACUGUCUUCAAUUUAGUGACAAAGUGUUGUUCUGACAUGCUGUCUGGUCCAAAAUUAUCAUUAUUACACAUGACUGUUCUUAACAGUGAUGAUUUGUCCUAAAAUUAUCGGUUUUCCCCAGAAUAUACUUCUAAUUCUAUAGCUAUUAUAGAUAAUAUGAUUAUGGAAGGAUCCAUGUAUGAUAUAGUUACACAAAUACAGUUUUCUGAUGCCUGUUGAGCUUCCAAAGUUUCUUGUUAGCAACUGACAAGACCUGCAGUAUUGUAUUUAAGUAGUAGCACUCGAAUGUUAGAUCUGGUAUGGUUUUGACCUUCCAUAAGUUACCUCAUGAUAUUAACAUUGUAUGAUGGUUUCAGUCAUCGUUUCCACACUAAACUUUGUUUACAUUGGUUAUUUUGUAUUUGAUUAAUAAUGGAAAGAUUUAGUAUGAUACAAUUUAUUUUUGUAUCGUUUUGUGUAUUUGGAAGAUGUAUAUUUUAUCAUUCUUUCAUGACAAAUGCUGGGUGAGGAUAUAGGGAUGCAUAUAUAGGGUUAGUAGUUGUUUUUGAGUUCUAGUGUUGUAGAGUUAAGGUUGAAGUCACUGUUGCGACUUUGAGGAAAUGUUCGUCAAUGCUCUAGCAGCUCCAUUUCUUGAGGGAUUUUGAUUACACAUCUUUAUUGGGCUUAAGUUGAGGUGGAACUGCAAGAGAAUUUGUAUUGCUUACAAUGCCAUGUUUUUACUUUUUAUUUUUGUGUUAGUAUAUAUAUAUGUUUGCGUCAAUAAUAUUUUAUUAUUUUAAAUGUUUUGUAUUUGUCAUAAUUGUAUGAUAUAUACACUAGGGUUUUUAGGGUACAUAUGGCUGUAUAUCCUGCUAUAACUUUAUGCCAUGAUAUCACCAUAUUCUUAGCUUUUAAUGGUACAAUAAUUGUUUACAGGUGUGGUUAUCAAAAUAUAAAGUAAAGCAUAAUAUUUAAGCCAAAGCCUGUAAAAUAAAAUUUUACAUUCCAGAUCAACAAGUUUAUAUUCUACCAAAGUUCUUGUGAACAGAUUUGUAUAUUAAGCCACUUCUUGUGAACAGGUUUACAUAAUAUGUUAGUUCUUGUGAACAGGUUUAUAUACUACCUACAUUCUUGUGAACAGGUUUGUGUAUUAAGCCACUUCUUGUGAACAGGUUUACAUAAUAUGGUAGUUCUUGUGAACAGGUUUAUAUACUAUCCACUUUCUUGUGAACAGGUUUGUAUAAUAUGUUGGUUCUUGUGAACAGGGUUAUAUGAUGUUAGUUCUUGUGAACAGGUUUAUAUACUACAUUACUUUCUGUGAACAGGAUGAUAUAUUAUGCCUCUUCCCAGGAACAGGAUUAUAUACUUAUACUACGCAACUUCUCAUGAACAAGUUUGUAUACUGCAAUAUUUCUUGUGAACAGGUUUAUUGACUACACCACUUUGUGUGAACAGGAUGAUAUACUAUGCCACUUCCCAUGAACAAGUUUAUAUACUGCGCCACCUCUUGUGGAAAUUUUAUUUACUGCACCACAUCUUGUGAAUAUGUUGACAAAGGUUACUGGAUUUUACUUGUGUUUGGCACACAAUAUAGGAUUAAGACAAUGGUGUUGUAUUAUUAUUGAGUUAUUGGUGUGCUCUACCUUUAAAUACUGUCAGUUGCAUGUGAUAUACUGUACCUGUCUUUCAAAUCCAUCAUUAACUAGAUUUUUAUUUUUUGAGCCAUAUUUUCCAUAUUUGUCUUGAACACAACCUGUCAAUUUGAUGUGGAUUUAUAUGGAUAAAAUCAGAACAGAAGAGUGGAAAUGGUUGUUGAUUCUGAUACUCAGACAUUUGUCCUAACAGUUAAGAUUAGUUAAUUAUCAUAGAUUAGCUCAGGUGAUAGAGCCAACGCCGUUCAUUCAAGUUGGGUGGUUUGUAGGUUCCUCCACUCCCCAGCUGGAUACCUCAGGUAUGCAGGGUGAUUGAGCAAGAGAGAAAAUCCGAAUCUAAGUAUCAAUCACCACAGUCUUCAGAGUGGUUGUUCCUUGUAUUUAUUUAAUGCCGUCUACCAACCACUCUGCAGACUGUUGUGAUUGAUACUUAUAUUCGGAUUAUCAUAGAUUAUUUACAAUUGUAUAUUGUACUGUUUGUUAAUAUAUAAGAAGAAUUA